AUAAGGAAACUCGUGCUUGAUUGAUGGAUAUUUAUGAGACGGAAGCGUACCAGCAUACGCAAUUUUAGCGGACAUAAUGUUUGUUUAAAACUGUAUAAAUACAAGCGUUUUCUACACAUCUUUACGUUGGGUAUCCAAUCACACAGAAGACUUUGCAAGCUAUCUAGGUUCCAAGACGACAACAAAAUGUCUGGGCUGCUCAUCCUCUGUUUGUGCGCAUGCGUGGUUAUGUCGUCCGCGAUCAUCAACCCCUACAGCUACGGUUAUGGGCAAUCCGGAUACCCAACUUGGCCUGGCCAAGGUGGAUUCAUCAAAGGAGGUGGAAUGAUCGGAGGAGGUGGAAUGAUCGGAGGAGGUGGAAUGAUCGGAGGAGGACGCAUGCGUUACAGACGAUCUAUCGGAAUGCCAAUCUACGGGUAUCCAACAUAUGGAACCUAUGGUGGAUACAAAGGAUCAUAUUAUUACUAAACAGCUUUUGGUGUCGACAUCUUAUGGCGGAAGUCUGCAAAUGUGUGAGAAUAACCGAUCAUGUCCAACAAUUCAGACCUUAAAUUAUUUAAUAAACUCGUAAAACUAA